CAGAGCUAGGAGGACCAGCCAAUCAACCACAAAAAUAAGCUCCCAUGAGCUGGGAUAAUAAUUAAAAUAAACUUUAACCACCGAGUAGAGGUACAAAAUGGCACAGUGGCAGGCGCAUUUCAAUAUCAUCUUGAUAUGCAUCUGGUUGAUGUGCAUAACCAACUGCAGUGCCAUUCCAUGCGAUUCCUGUGGCAAAGAGUGUGCCAGUGCCUGUGGCACAAAACAUUUUCGAACAUGUUGUUUUAAUUAUUUGCGUAAGCGCACUGAUCCAGAUGCUUUACGCCAGAGUUCAGAUAGACGGCUAAUUGACUUCAUAUUGUUACAAGGACGAGCCCUAUUUACCCAGGAGUUGCGAGAGAGGCGAAAUAAUGGCACACUCAUAGAUCUCGGCUUACAAACUUACUAUGGCUAAACCCAAACUAAUCCCCCAUUCCAAACGCGAUCCUGAUUCUGAUGACAAUGUUUGCAAAAAUGUGUGAAAUGUUAAUUUUUCGAAUAAAAUCAAAAGUUAGUCUUUUGGGGCAAUGUGCUUGAUGAAGCAUUCUGGUAA